AUUGUACGAGAGGGGACGAGUCGCUUUGAGGUUGAUCCAAAUGACGAUAUUACGGUGGUGGCAGAAAAAAUUGCAAUCCAACUCAAAUUUGAUCCGUCCACACUUAAAUAUCAAAAGACCCGCAAAAUGGUGUACAAGCGAAAUAUCUUUCCAGACAAAGUAUCGCUCAUAACUUUUGAAGACGGAGUGAAACCAGACACUUCAGCAGUUUCUGCUGGUAAACAGUCAGCAUCAACAGUAGGACCAUUUGAGCCAACAGCGAAUACCAGUUCAUCAUCAGCAUUGAAUUUAAAGCAAGAAGUUGUGGAAGAUUAUCUAGAGAAACAGUCUGGUUUUAUUAAGCGAGGAUGUGCUCCGAAAUUCAGAAAAUCGGAUCAAACACGAAAAGUGCCAAAAGAAUAUGUAAAGUCAACUGGCACCAAUGCCAAAUUUAUUCAAGGUAUUUGUACAAAAUGUCAACCGAGUGCACUGACAUUACAACAAGUAAGAGAACAAUCAACAUUGACUGCAUUCCUUUUAUUGAUUCGAUUAAUUGGUUUCAUAAUAACUUUUGUAGCAAUUCGUAUGGUUGAUCAUCGAAUCUCAUUAAUGACUUCAUUAAUUUCUGGCGAUCUACUGGAUAGAUAUUUAUAUGGACGGUAUGAGCCUUAUCUUGAUGUUCUAUUAGAAGAGUCAGUUGACGAGGGGCUGUUGCUUGUGGAUUAUUCAAAAUCAAGGAAAAGUAAUUUGCAAGCGACACAUUUUCUUUCUUCCCAAGAAUGCUGUUUCUCUGCCGCGAUGCAAACUAAAAAUCCCAAUGUCACGAAAUUGAGCGCUUCCGGAAAAUUCUCGAGUAAAUUUGUGACAUGUGUCAUAACAGGAAACGAGAAUGGUGAGGUUCUAGUACUUGUGAGGCGAUGGUAG